UAACAUACAAUUCGGGCGGGCGAUUCGUAGCAGUCAGCUGGUAUAUCGUGAUAUCCGACUUUAUCUUUUUAUUUAUAUUGACUUUGUGAAAAAUGAGCGAGAAUAUACAAGGAACAUUUGUAUCUGAGAAAAUAUCCAAGAUAAGAUGGCAACAUGCAGAUUUUACGGAAGCGAAACAUUUCUUAACCGGCAGUUGGGAUAACCCGGUAAAUAAAAUAACGUAUUGGACAUUUAGAACAAGUUACGAUGAAGAACCGUCUCCUGCAAUCUUAUCAUCGUAUUCAUUCCUUGGAGAUGUCACCGAAUUGAAGUUUAUCAGUAAGGAUUACUUUGUUGCAUCCUCAUCUUUAGGUUCAGUGAAAUUGCUGCAGAUUGAUGAAGAUACCUGUACCGAAUUCAAAGAACAUAUGGCAUGGGAGUUUAUACAUAGUUUUAAAACAACAGAUUACGCAUCUUGCACGGCUCUGUCUACGUUUGAACAGGAUGUGGCUUCUGUUGGGGAAGAUGGGAAGCUUAAUCUUCUCACUGCUGCGGAGAAGAAACCAGUCAGGAUUAUUGAAGAUGCCGAUAGCUGCUCGAUGUACUGCGUUGACUUCUUGAGGCACAGUGAAGUGCUUACGGGCAAUUCGAGGGGCCACAUGAAAGUUUGGGAUCUAAGGAACGACCGGGACGUGCCUGCCACCACGUUCAUGCUCUCCGAUCAAGUAAAAACAGCAGCUACAAGUAUCGCGCAUCAUCCUACACAGAGGCAUAUCGUGGUUGCCGGUGGAGGCGAUGGGAGUCUAACCAUAUGGGACUUGAGGCAAAAUACUUACCCGAUCUCGCAGCUUAACGCACACGCGAAAACUGUCAGUGAGAUAUUGUUCCAUCAGGACAGGCCUGACAAUCUCUUCACUUGUUCCAUCAGCGGAGAAUUGUGGCACUGGAAUAACGCGCAAGCCUCAAAAUUAAAGCUCGAUUCUAUGGACACACAUUGGUUAAAUACAAUUAGUGCAAACGGAAAAGUUAAUGUAACCUCAUUGUGCACUGCGAUGCAUAAAUCAAUAAAUAGUAUCGAUAUUGAUAGAUCGAUGCUGCUCUUCGGGUGUGACAAUGAAGCUAGGGACGGUUCAACGUCCAACAAUGUGGCGACCACAGCGUCGACGGCGACGAAGAGCCAAGUACAAUUCAACCCAUACACCAUGCUGCCGUACACACCGAAGUACUAUGAACUUUAUAAGAAAAGAAUAACUCUGCCUGUGUUCGAGUAUCGUGCUGAUUUCAUGAGAUUGGUGUCCCAGCACCAAUGCAUCGUUCUCGUCGGAGAGACAGGAUCUGGCAAGACCACACAAAUACCGCAAUGGUGCGUCGAAUAUUCAAGGAGUAUUGGAUCCAAAGGAGUCGCCUGCACACAGCCGAGGAGAGUGGCGGCAAUGAGCGUCGCUCAAAGAGUGUCAGAGGAGAUGGAUGUUGCCUUAGGCCAAGAAGUAGGAUACAGCAUCCGUUUUGAAGAUUGUAGUUCCCCGAAAACUGUGUUGAAGUACAUGACCGAUGGUAUGUUACUUCGUGAAGGUAUGUCCGAUCCCAUGCUGGAUGCUUACCAAGUGAUACUGCUCGAUGAAGCGCACGAAAGAACGUUAGCCACCGACUUGCUCAUGGGUGUUUUGAAAGAAGUGAUUAAACAGAGACUGGAUUUGAAACUUGUGAUUAUGAGUGCCACCUUAGACGCCGGGAAGUUUCAGCAGUACUUCGAUAACGCACCUCUCAUGAACGUACCUGGUAGAACGCAUCCGGUCGAGAUAUUUUACACGCCGGAGCCGGAGAGAGAUUACCUAGAGGCUGCGAUCAGGACCGUCAUCCAGAUCCAGAUGUGCGAGGAGAUCCCCGGCGAUCUCUUGCUGUUUUUGACUGGCCAGGAGGAAAUCGAGGAGGCGUGCAAGAGAAUCAAACGAGAGAUGGACAACCUGGGACCUGAAGUCGGCGAACUGAAGUGUAUACCGUUGUACUCGACGCUGCCGCCGAAUCUCCAGCAGAGAAUAUUCGAAGCCGCUCCACCUACCAAAUCUAACGGCGCUAUCGGUCGUAAAGUCGUGGUGUCGACCAAUAUCGCAGAAACAUCGUUGACCAUCGACGGAGUCGUCUUCGUUAUAGAUCCUGGUUUUGCCAAGCAAAAAGUGUACAAUCCGCGAAUCCGUGUCGAGUCUCUCUUAGUGUCGCCUAUCAGUAAAGCCUCCGCGCAACAGAGAGCCGGACGUGCUGGUAGAACGAGGCCCGGGAAGUGUUUCAGAUUGUAUACGGAGAAGGCGUACAAAAACGAGAUGCAGGAUAACACGUAUCCUGAAAUCUUGCGUUCCAAUCUCGGGAGCGUGGUGCUGCAACUGAAGAAACUUGGCAUCGACGAUUUGGUGCAUUUCGAUUUUAUGGACCCGCCCGCACCGGAGACUCUCAUGCGAGCGUUGGAGCUCCUGAAUUACCUGGCAGCUCUCGACGACGAUGGGAAUUUAACGGACCUUGGCGCAGUUAUGGCAGAAUUCCCAUUGGAUCCCCAGUUGGCGAAAAUGCUCAUAGCGUCUUGCAAUCACAAUUGUAGCAACGAGAUACUCAGUAUCACCGCUAUGCUUUCAGUCCCACAGUGCUUUGUGAGACCGAACGAAUCGAAGAAGGCUGCCGAUGAUGCAAAAAUGAAGUUCGCGCACAUUGAUGGCGAUCAUCUGACGUUACUUAACGUGUAUCAUUCCUUCAAGCAACAUAUGGAGGAUGUCCAUUGGUGCUACGACAAUUACGUGAACUACCGGUCGUUAAAGAGUGGCGACAACGUGAGACAGCAAUUGAGUAGAAUAAUGGAUAGAUUCGUGUUGAAGCGCACGUCGACGGACUUCAACUCGAAAGACUAUUACAUCAACAUCAGGAAAGCUCUCGUCAAUGGCUUCUUCAUGCAGGUGGCGCAUUUAGAGAGAACAGGACAUUAUCUAACUAUCAAGGAUAAUCAGAUAGUGCAAUUGCAUCCGAGUAGCUGUCUGGAUCAUAAACCGGAAUGGGUUAUUUACAAUGAAUUUGUGCUCACUACCAAGAAUUACAUUAGAACGGUCACCGACAUCAAACCCGACUGGUUGCUUAUGAUAGCACCACAAUAUUACGAUCUACAAAAUUUCCCCCAAUGCGAGGCGAAGAGGCAACUCGAAAUGAUUCAAGCGAAAUUAGACUCGAAGCAAUAUCAGGAAGGCUUCUAACCUCUAUACAUUUUAGACAUGUUUGACAUCGUUGGACGCGAAAUGUGACGCAGAAUGCUCAGUCAAGCUUUUAUCGUAAUAAAUGGCACACGACUUUUUCAUGUAUCAAAACCACAUCACAUACAAGACAUCGUAAAACACGCAACGUGAAAAGCCACUUUUUGUCUUUCACUUUAAAAAAAAAACAAUGGAAACAGUACGUUAAAAUAUUUAGGUUUUUUUUUUAUACAAGCCUGCAAUCGGCUUGUACAAUGUAAAAAAUUGAGAAUAUUUAAGUAUUUUCAACGCUUAAGCCAAAAGAAAAGGAACAAAAAAGACGAAAAUGGAGGAUUCAUUAGUUCGAGACGGUAGAGACGGUAGUUAAUCGAAAAGGGUUAUUUAUAUACACUUAAGAAAGAAACGUAGCCUCUAAGCAAUUUUAAGCAGCAGAAUUCGUUAAUCUACGUUUACAUUCGACGUAUCUGGAAUCACUCUAGAUAUAAUAGAUUAAUUUUUGUAUUAAACGUUGGCCGUAUAACGUGAGGAAGGGAUAUAAAAUGAUCACUAUAUUAAGUAUCGCUUUAUAGAUAGUCGAAAGUCGGCAGGAAAUUUAUAUUUAUUUAACUCCCUGGGCAGAAGGUUCGUUUUUUAUUGACGCCAGCACGUUUCUCUUAUCGCUACGAUGAUGGAUCAUGUACGGCUUGAAAUUUCAGUUCUGGAUUCUGUGCUUCUUGAAUUUGAAUUUGAGUUUAAAUUGUGGCAGCGCAUGUCUACGAGACUUUUCCGAAUGAAAUGUAAAAGAGAACCAAUGCACGAUUUUACAUUGCUUAUUAUACGUAAACACAGUUUCCCUAGACCUGACAGAAUCAAAUUACAGAAAGAAGAAUGAUGUAAUUAAAAAGCGUAAGCAGCAGGUAGUUUAUAAAACACCAGCGUUUAGUGUGAGAAAACUAUUGUCUUCAGUAGCACACCUGAAGAACACAAAGUAAAUUCGGUAUCCUAUAUGUUUAUUGUUCAUUAUUGAUAUUCUACACGUAUUAACAAUAAAUAUAUGGAUUUUGCUUUUGA